AUGCAUUACAUUUUGGAGAAUGAAGACCCCAUCUCUGUGGACGUGGAGCAUCAGAUCAGGACCGAGGUGAUCUCUCCUGGUUCGGGUCCUUGCAGCCCUCUGUCCGUGAACUCGGACUCUAGCUGUGCCAGCCCAGAGGCCAGAUGUGCGUCAGAGCAGCAGAGAGUCAGGAGGCCUCUGAACGCCUUCAUCAUCUGGACCAAAGAGGAGCGCAGGAGGCUGGCACAGCUCAACCCAGACCUGGAGAAUACAGAUCUGAGCAAAAUACUCGGAAAAAGCUGGAAGGCCAUGUCCCUGCUUGAGAAGCGUCCCUACAUGCAGGAAGCCGAGCGCCUGAGAGUCCAGCACACCAUCGAUUACCCCAACUACAAGUACCGGCCGCGCAGGAGGAGGCAGCUGAAGAAGAGCUCCAGACCUCAGUGUGUGGAGGCUCCUCACUCCUCCUCGCUCUGCAGCUCCCCCGGCUUCCCCGUGCCGUUCAACCUCACCUACCUGCUCCAGAACCAGCAGCAGUGCUACCCGAACACCUCUGUUUUCACAAACUCCCCUUCUAACUUCUCCCCUUUGCGCAGCAGCCACCCAGUAUAUUCAGACACAGCUGCAGCAGAUGUUUACUCAAACAAGCCCGCGGUGUACCAGAACCCUCCUGCGUACCCUGCAGAGCCCCAGCUGUAUUUUGGCAGUCAACACAUGCAGUAUGGUUUCUCCAGCGCUGCAGGUCCCCAUGUGGACCAGGAGGAGUCCAGCAGGGUCUACGGAGGCCUUCUGUGUCCCUCUGGGCCCUCCCUGGAGUUCUACCUGGAACGGGUUCAGCUGGACAUGCUGUACGAUCUGGACCGCAGCGAGUUUGAACAGUACCUGGGUCCGAGCCCUCACAGGUCCGAGUCAGUGGAUCCCAUCAGCUACUACCAGCAGAGCAGCCACAGAGAGGGACGCUCCGUCUCAUAA